AGCGGGGCCGCGUUCGCCGCCCCGGCCCGCCUGGAGCCGCCGCCGCCUUGGGCGCCUGCGCGGGGCCGCUGCCCGCCCCGCACGGCUCCGUCCCGGCUAUGGCUCUGCGGCUGCUGCGCGGCGUGCCCGGGGCAGCGAAGUCGUCACUUCUGUGCCACUUGCGGAGCAGCUCCAGCUCUAAGCCAGGAGGAAGAUCUGAACCUGCUAAGCAGCCUCUAAAGAAACCAAAGUUACCAGUGGGGCGGUUUGAUGAACCAGAAGAGUCCAGUAUGGAGAAGGAACCCCUGGAAAAAUUCCCUGAUGGAAUCAAUCCUACUACAAAAGAGAGGGGUGGACCAAGAGGCCCUGAACCUACACGUUUUGGAGACUGGGAGAGAAAAGGACGUUGUAUAGAUUUCUAAUAUUUCAGUGUCUCUAUUGCUAAUAAAAUAUUUCUAGUUGCUGAAAAAUAUAAUGUACAGAAGAAGUCUCACCUGGA